GUCCACCUCCACUUGACCCUCCAUUCAUCCAGUACUAAUCAUGGCUCACGUUUCAUCAAAUGAUGUGCAGCGCCUCUUUUUGCAGGCAAUCCUAUCUCGAGGAAUAUUAUCGUACGCUCAUGCGCAAGCACUACGCGAAAAAUGCGUGGCCUCAGUCCUGGCCGCCGAUGACUCCCUUGAUAUCGAGUAUCAAGAUGGAAGGCCUGCUUGGGAGGCGUUUGUCACAAACAUCAAUCAGGCACUCGACUGUCUUGACUUGGACUUCCGCCAGCUGAGCGAUGAGCAGACAGGUAGAGAGAUGUACGGCCUCGUGAACCGAAAAGGCGACGAGAUCGCUCAGAUGGCAACAGACUACACGCCCGCCGAAAUCACAUUCUUCAAAGCGAUAGUAGAACAAAUUAUGCUGAGCCCUCGGCACGCCUACUCGAUCUCAUCGUUAGCCGCUCUACGCGAAGUUAGCCACUUCAAAAGCAACAUGACCAAAACUCAGGCCGAGAUCGUUCUCGGCAGUUUUGUCGCCAGAGGGUGGCUCGUGAAAAGCGCGAGAGGGCGUUACUCGCUGUCCACUCGGACUUUGCUGGAGCUGGGACCCUACUUGAAGUCAACUUACCCUGAUGAACACCUUGAGUGUAACAUAUGUUUUGAAAUGAUUACCCGGGGCGUUGCCUGCUACACCCCGAACUGCCAGACCCGAAUCCAUUAUCACUGCUUCCAGAGGCACCGAAGGCGCAGCAGUAAAUGCCCCAGCUGCAGCGCCGACUGGCCUCAAGAACAAGGAAAGCCACUUCACGCCGUCGGCGAAGAUGCAGUCAAAGAAGGACAGGAAGAAGGUCGGCAAGUGAGAAGGCGGGACACCGAAGAGGCGGAAAGUGGGGAUGAUGAACAGCUUGAGGAGCCAACUUACAUGGAAGACGACGAGCAGACGCCAUCGCAGUCCCAAGGAACGCAGAGAAGGCCCGGAGGCGGGUCGAUGUCUAUGGACGGAGCAGAGGAUGAGGCAGGUCCAUCCACACAAACCCAACGGAGAGCAUCGCGCCGUUCUGGCCGUCAUUAA